CAUGGCGGCGCCCUAUUGAUGCGGUUGGUGUCACAGGCUAACGUCCGCGCAGAUUUUAAUGAUACAUUUAAUCAUAUCUGUUGAAGUAGAACAGUUCUUCGACAUAACCUGCAAUGGCUCUCAGAGUGUGCAGGCGUUUUUUGAGGGUCUCGGCUGUCAUCUCCAGACGACUCUUCGUGUCUGCUCGACAGGAACCUGCGCAGUGGCUUCCUUCCACAGGAAAUGCUGCAUGUCGCUGUGGAAGGAGCAACUUGUUUAUCUUCAAUCCGGCCUGUUCUAUUACAUCAGAUGCAUUUGUGAGCAGACUGCUGAAAGGCAGUGUUGCGGAGGCAGACAACAGCCAUUAUCGCCUUCCUGCCUCUGUUCCUCCAGACAGAGGUGAACACAUGUCGUUAUUACUGAAACAUCCUGAUCAGCCUGAACACGCCAAGGUUUUGAAAGUGGCGAUAAUUGGUGCUCCGAAUGCCGGGAAGUCUACUUUGUCCAACCAGCUUCUAGGCAGAAAGGUGUUCGCUGUCUCCAAGAAAGUGCAUACUACACGGAAACGAGCCCUGGGAGUCCUAACAGAGGAUGAUACACAGAUUAUUUUACUGGACACACCAGGCCUCACCACACCAUCAAAAGUCAAAAGACACCAGCUUGAGGAGUCUUUGCUUUUGGAUCCUUGGAAGACGGUGACAGAGGCCGACCUAAUGGUGGUCAUAGUUGAUGUGUCAGACAGAUGGAUGUGCAGAAGGCUGGACUUUGAAGUGCUCAAAUGCCUAGCGCGCCACCCGAACAUCCCGGCGAUACUUGUCCUCAAUAAGGUGGACCAGGUGAAGGUGAAGGACAAGUUACUGGACGUCACAGCGGAGCUGACAUGCGGGGUUGUAAAUGGUCGCAAAUUACGCAUCCGACCCGUGAUCAAGCCGGCUUGGGCGGAAAAGAGGCCAGAGAGGGAUUUGGAAGAGUCGCGGGACCAGGACACCACCGGGGACGGUGCUGAUGGGGACGAGGCUGUCCUGACCAAAGAGCAACUGAAGGCGCUGAUGAGCCAGAAGGGAUGGCCUCACUUCAAGGAUGUCUUCAUGCUCUCGUCUCUGGACAGAGAGGAUGUGGAGACACUUAAGAGCUACCUAAUAAUCACAGCCAAGUCUGGAGCAUGGCAGUACCACAGCGAGGUGCUGACAGACCAGAGACCAGAAGAAAUAUGCACCAACAUGAUCAGAGAGAAGCUUCUGGAGCACCUGCCACAGGAGGUGCCUUAUUCAAUGACCCAGUCUGUUGAGCUUUGGGAUGAGGAUGAAACUGGACAGCUCACCAUCUUGGUGAAAAUUCACACCAAGAAAGAAAGUCAUAUGAGGAUGGCGAUCGGCACGGCAGGCCAGAUGAUAGCACGUAUCGCCCAAGAGACGAGCGAGCACCUCACGCACAUCUUCCUGAGACAGGUCAAGCUGAGGCUCUCAGUCAAGAUAAAGAAGUGAUGAUGAUGAUGAUGAUGAUGCCGGACUGAAUGCUUUUUUUCCGCAGUGACACAAACAGAGGUGCCAUAUCUGAAAUUUUGGAGGACACUUGUUUGCCUCAACAUUAUUUGCUCUUCAUGAAUCUGCUUCUGAUUGUGUCAGUGAGUAACCAAUCAUGUUAUUUGGACUGACGCAGUACCUGCACAGCCCAUCCAUCCGUCCGUUAGUUCAUAUCUUUUGUUCUCAUGAGGGUCACUGGUGAGCUGGAGCUUAACCCAGCUGACUUAGGGCGAGAGGCAGGUUACACCUCGACAAGUAUCGUCUUACACUUCUUAACUCAUUCACUGUGAUUCAUUUUCUGAGCAGCCAACUGCAUAUUGCCAGCUAUUGUAGAACAUUUUGACAGAUUCAGCGGAUACCCGGGUUGAAAAUCAGUGGCCUUUUUUUUUUUUUUUUUUUUUUUACAUGGCGUUUGUCAUCCUUGUCAUUCACGUUAAGGUCUCUGUCAUAGUUUGUCAAAUUCACCAAACGCACACUCCUGCUAAUGACUGCAACACAACCUGUUAUGACUACAGUAUGAAUAUACAUACUCUUUUCAAAUGUAAAAUGGCUAAAGUUGUCCAACUUCCAAUGUUGGACCUUUUGGUUUUGUCCCUCGUAAUUUUCUUGUACUCAAACUCUGGGCUCAUCUCAAAUCUAAAGUGCUGCACCACUGCUCUCUACUGGGGUCUGUUUGUCAGUACAGUUGUGUACAAGCUCAUAGUUCAGUGUUGGGCAGCAUCCGACCCACUCGCCGUCCCGUUGAAAAACAAUUGCAGUCUGUGGACUGCAAUGGCAGUGAAUGAGUUCAAGUAUUCGCUGCGCCCGUUCGCUCAUUUGCUGCCAAGAAACGGGAGCCUACAUUAUAACGUCACGUGGAACAUCAGCGAAAAGAAGAACACUCUCGCUCACGCGGUUCUCCAAAUUAGAGGCGAAAUGUGUUUGCUUCCUGUUUAUUCUUCAUUCCCAGUUGAAGUGACACACAAGAGAAUUGUACAAGGGACAGUCAAAAAGUAAUGAGCCCAAUUGAAUCUAACCUACUACCGGUUGAAUAUUUUUCUGAAAUGUUCACAGUUUUAGUUUAAAUGCUUGUUUGAAGGUUAGAAAAGGUUUUAUUUAAGCCUGUCAGCUAUUUUAGAAAUGAGGUCAUUGUUGGAUGUCUGUCAGAAGUAGACCUGUGACUGAAUUUCUUGCUUGAAAUAAAUGCCCAAAAUACAGAGUACAAUGUAAACAAAAGACAUUUUAAAACGAAGAAUUUUGGUGAGCGUUUCGAACAGGGACAGAACGGUGCAGUCGCAGAAUGGGUUUUCCAGAGGGAGUGGGCGGUACCGUCUUUGCGGUAGGACGGUAUACUGUAUCUUCUCAAGAGACAAAACCACAGAAAUAAAACUGGGAUGGCAUCAUGGUGAAAUCGAGGUUUUGGGUUCGAAUCUCGGUUCCACCCUUCCUGGGUGGAUUUUGCAUGUUCCCCCAUGCUGGUGUGGGUUUUUUUCCGGGUACUCCGACUCCCUCCCACCUUUCUAGUAACUUGCGUGUUAGGUCCAUUGAAGAGUCCAAUUUGUCCAUAGUUGCGAAUGGUCGUUUGUCUCUAUGUGCCCAGCAAUUGACCGCCGACCAGUCUGGGGUGUGAGGCUCCAGCACAAUCAGAGACCCUAAUGAGGACAAUCGCUACGGAAAAUCAAUGGAUGGAUUGUAGGAUGCACCUAAUAUUAUGACUGGUUAAUAUAUGUAUUUUCAAAUGAUCUUAAACAACAAAUAUUAAAAUGGCCUCAAAAUGAAAUGCAUUGAGUAUUUGCUGAAAUAGAAGGCAGCCUCUAUUUUUGCAUUGUUUGGUUCUGACUGUAGUUUGAUAUGUUCUCAGUAGAAGAGCGGGUUUGGUGAGCUGAUGGUUUAUCAGUGGCUGUCGGGAGGGUUUAGUUGACACCGCCCACUGCUGCGAACACGCACACACAUGCGUCUAAUGUCAAUGAAAACAAAAACAGGAGCGCUUCCAAUGGAAUUAAGGGAAUGGGUUAAAAAGGAGCAAAUUUGCACUUCAGUCUAAAGUGCCAUGCAAAUUUAGUGGAAAUUCUACCCUUUUCGUUCAUAGGGAUUAAUAUCAUUAAGACCAAUAUGAUUCAUUCUGUGGCCAAGUUUUUAGUGGAAGUGAGCCUGUAUUUGCUUGAAUAGGUAGUUUUUGGGUUGGAAAGGACUUAGAAUGAAUUAGUUGUGCUCGUUAGUUUUUCAAUUUGACAACAUUUUUCAAAAUCUCUUUAAGUCAGGGUACCUGGCGAAAACACACCCAAGCAUGGGGAGAACAUGUAAACUCCACACAACCAAGAUUCAAACCCAGAACCUCCUGACUGUGAGGCAGACACGCGAACCACUUAUCAACUGUGCUUACCCCAUACAACAUUUUACAUUUCCUCAAAAUUCCAGGAUUUUGAUUUCAUUCCCCACUUUAUUAUAUAUUGUUCACUGGAAGACUUUCAUCCGACACAUUGAAUAUUUUUGUUGUUACUUGAAAAAGAACAUCCACAUGCUAUUCACAAAUCGAAUAAAAUAAGAAUAUUGUCAUUAAUUGAAAGAGUUCAACUAGACUUCCCAUUGGAAAUGUUUGCAAAUUUUCCAUCCAUUUUCAACCCUAAUCAUCAUUUUGAACCUCCUCUGUUUGUAUGUUGUUGUUGUUGUUGUUUUUUUUUUGUCCCCGUCCGUCCUUGUGGAGCACUAACCUGACGUUUGAUGGCCGUUAGAUUAAACUGUUCGGUUGACGAAUACAUGCAGUGGCCUCGCUCGCGCAUGCAGCAGGAUAAGACUUUUUUUUUUUUAAUAGCUACAUCACCACUCAUAGAAAAGACAAGUUUCUUUAUUCCACUUACAUACAAAGCAUAUGAAGAACGGUCACACGUAUCUUUUCCUUGAGUCUGCCAGUCCAGCUGUUAAUGAGCAAGAGCCAUAGAACCCUUACCAUUACUAAAACUCAGUAAUGGUAACGGUUUGACGGCCCCUCUCUCGCUCUCGGAAGUGUACGUUCAGCGUGCGUCCAAGUGCGAGGAGCGAAUGACCCCCUGGAUAGUACAUCAUCUAUACUGUAGUGACUUUUCAUUAAACUUACAGUAUAAGAUGAUAUCCUGUCCAGGGCACAAUCUUCUUAUGUGACUUACACAUAUAAAUACAAUAUUUUCCAAAGCAAACACAGUCUUGAUGUGUCCCAUACUCACUCAUUUGCGCAAGAGAGCAUCU